AUGUCUGAUGUUCCACUGUUGGGUGCUCAUUUGCAAUGGAAAUUAGCCAUCGAAAGAUCUUCAUUAGCAUAUGCCUGUAAAAGUACAACCAACAAUGUACUUUUUGCUGUGGAUAUACCUUACCCUCUACUGAGAGCUUGGUAUAGUUUAGUUGUUCUCAAGAAGCCUGUCCAACCUUCCAGCGAAGCAACAACAGUGUAAUUAAUACCUAACUACACGUUUGUCGAUUUGCUAGAACAUUCAAUUCCUGGGCAUUCGUUUGCUAUUAGCCGUGAUGAGGUCACCAGAUCUGAAGUAAACAAAUCACUUCUACGUAUUGCAAGUAAAGUUGAUAUGGAGUAUUACAAUACGAGAGGUAGGAAGAGAAUGGCACUGGAUAGCAGAAGCAAAAAGUUCCAUAUUUUUGAGGGACAAACCAUCUCAUUAGCACAACUCCAACAUGAAAGCCAACAGGUUCAUGAUGAACUUGAAGAAUGGAGGAGCAAGUGUACCAAUCUGGAAGCAGAUAUACAAAAAUUAUAUGGUGAGAUGGAAACUGCUAUAAAUGAAAAAAACAAAGAGAUUUCAGAUCUGCAUUCAAAAAAUGAGGAACUUUUAAGUUACAUUGAAAUACUUGAAAAAUCCCAAGAUUUGCAGCACAAAGGAAAAGACAUUUCUGAGGUCAUAAAAAAAUCAAGAACACUGAAAAAAUAUUUAUCUCGAGCCAACGUUGCAUUGUGGUUUUCAAGAUCAUUUGGCCUCCAAGUUGAGAGUUUAAUUGUAAGCGAAGUUAAAUCUGGUGUGAAGCAUUUAUAUAUAAUUUAACUCUUCCAAACAAAACUACUGACCAAGCAAGUGACAAAGGUUUUGAUGCACUCUCGGUUGAUGAUAAAUCCAAGGUUGAAAAGGUCCUUUUUCUGCUUGACAGAUUUUGUGUCGGUGAUCAUUUUUACCAUGAGUUGUCAAUGGUUAUAAAUGGAUUGCCAAAAUCUUAUCUAGUCAAGCAGAGAAGGGACCAAUUGAACAAAAUGUGUCACAUAAAUGCACUACCAGGUGACCAGGAAGGGGCCCAAGUUUCUUUCAAGGAAUUGUUGAAAGAAAGGGUACAGAAUUAUAUAACAAGUCAUCCAAACAUAAUUAGUGACGGUGUACCUCUUAGAGUGAAGAUUUCAGGAGAUGGAGCAAAUAUGACCAGAUCGUCAAAUUACAUUCUUAUGACCUUUGGUUUGCUUGAUGCAUCAGAGGACAUAAUGGCAGCUAAUGGAAACCACACAAUAGCUGUGGUUAAGGGUAAGGAGGACUAUGAUGUGUUGAAGGAGUCAUUCAAAGAUAUCCUCCGGGAUAUCAAUGAAGUGGUUGCGGAGAAGAAGAUAGAUGUUGAUGAAGGUACUGUGAAUCUAGAAUUUUUUUUGGGCGGGGAUUACAAAUUCAUCCUGUUAAUGAUCGGCCUCAGUGGAGCGACAUCAAACCAUGCAUGUGUAUGGUGUACUGUUCACAAAGAUGAGAGGUGGAACAUGAGUCAUGACUUAGAAUACUACAACUCACCACCCCUAAAAAGAACAUUAGAGGAAAUGCAUAGAUUGGCAGGUAAAACAAAACAAAACUUCUGCUGUGUACAUAAACCCCUUUUGGAUAUUGAGCUAAGUCAUGUUAUCCUAGACGAGUUGCAUUUGUUGCUAAGGGUCAUGGAUGUACUAAUUGGCAAUUUAGUUCAAGGCAAGCCUGAAAAUAAGCGGCCGGUCGCGGACAUUGUCCGGUACGAAAAGGGGUUCUGUCCGACACAACUGCUUUUUUGCCGGACAUUUUGUCCGGCAGCAUAUCAAUACUAAUAGAAAUAAAACUGUUUGCUACUGUAUUAAAAAAGUACCUUAUCGAACCCAAUAUCUUCGCUUGUAUCUCUUUUAUAUGUAUUUAUUUUAAUUCUCCUGUUUAAAAAUGUAUUUGAAUAGUUUGAAGCCGAAUGUAUGGCACUAAUUUUUCGCUUAUUUUGACAAUAAUAACUGCCUGCUAUUUUGUGCGCCCGCAUUACUUGCAUACGUUAUCUGAUGUACUUCGUGUAGAUUUGAAUUAAAUGUAUAACAACCACAUGGAAUUUUUUAAAGAAAAAUGGCGUCUCGAAUCACUGACUUUUUUGCGAGAAAAAAUGCAAAUUCUACAACAUCUAAUACCGCCAUACCUGUACUUCCGGAUGUAAAUGACCGGGAAAUGCCAAAUCCGGAUUCAAGCACGAAGAAACGUGUCUUGAAACUAGCGACAGUUAAGAGGUGGAUUAACGAAGAUCUAGCCAAAGAUAAUGGUAGUAUUUGGAUGCAUUACGAAGCUAACAAGCAGGAACAUGUUGAAAAUCUAUACUGCAAAAUUUGUCAAAAGUAUAAGGAGCAAAUAUGUACCAUGAAAGAUUUCUCAUAUGCCUGGAUAAAUGGGUCAAAAAACUUGAAGUUAUCGAAUGCAAAAGAUCAUGCAAAUUCGAAGUGUCACAUUCGGGCAUUCCGAUUACACGCAAACGAGGUUAGGGCUUGCACUGUAGAAUCAUUACAGUUGCCAGAAAAACUAAUUCCCGGACUGAAACAACCAACUGUUUUCGAAGGAUUUGUUCAAAUGUCAGAUAUAAUGAAAGAACAGAUAAAAAAGAAAUUUGAGCUUGCCUAUUUCGUGGCGAAAAAGGAACUUCCUUUUACUAUGUAUGAAGAUCUAGUUACCUUAGAGAAACACCAUGGUGUUGACAUUGGCAAUGCAUAUGUAAAUCGCAUUGAAUGUGCUGAUUUUAUUGAUUACCAUGGAGAAUACCUGUCAAAAACACUGACAAACGAUCUGAAAGAAGCAAAGUUUUACAGUGUUCUAACAGAUGGAACAACAGACUGCAGUGUUACAGAGAAGGAGCUUGUCUAUGUACUGUAUUUUAAUCCAAAACAAACUGGGGAAAACAUUGGGGUUAAGCUGGCAUUUCUUUGUUUGAAAGAUGUCAAGAAAGCUGAUGCACCUGGCAUUAAGUCUGUAAUUGAAUCAAGCUUUGCUUCUUUGGGUAUCACUAAUAAUGAACUUUAUUCCAAACUUGUUGGGUUUGGUGCAGAUGGAGCUUCGGUGAACAGUGGUGACAAAAAUGGCGUAAAAGCCUUGCUACAGGAAAAAUCGCCAUGGUUAAUCUUCCAGUGGUGUGUGGCUCACAGAUUAGAGCUGGCCUUGAAGGAUGCACUCCAGCCAACCUUUUUCAAGCAAGUUGAUCAGAUGCUCACAAGGCUGCAUUCAUUCUAUAGCAAGUCGCCUAAGAAGCUACAUGAGCUUAAAUCACUUCAUGAACUAUUGAAAAAUACAUUUGACUUUGUUGAAGGUUCAUUAAAGCCAAAACGAGCAAGUGGAACACGCUGGAUUUCAUUCAAGCUGGCAGCCUUAAGCCUUGAUAAGUUUGGAAUUUAUCUAACGCAUUUGGAAAAUCUGGCUGAACAAGAAGGAAAUGCUGAAAUUGUUGGGUACUUGAGAAGGUGGAAAACCAGUCAAAUGCUGCUGCAUAUAGCAUUCUUUAUUGAUGUGUUAACUCCUGCUGCAGAGUUAUCAAAGAUUUACCAGGAAGAAGAUAUAGAUAUU